CCAUUAUUUCUUUCCUUUCUUCUUCUUCUUCUUCUUCCUCUCUCAACUCUUCUACGCUUCUUUUCUUCCUUCUUCCUUCCAAUUCAGAACAUGCCCACUUGGUGGGGUAAAAAGUCCAGCAAGACCAAGGACCAUGGCGCCACCAACCUCCUUCACUUCAACUUCACCAAGCCCAACACCAACGGGCCCAGGCCCAAGAGCUUCGACGACGCCUCCUCCGGCCUCCCCUUGCCUCGCCCCGCCGACCAAACCCUCGCCUUCGGAUCUGCCUCCCUCUCCGGCUCCAGCGUCAGCUCCACCGGCUCUUACGAUGAUCACGCUACACAGAUUAAUAUUAAUUCCUCCAAAGGGCAAGGUGAUAUGAAGUUCAGUGCGAGGUCAAAAAGCCCGGGUCCUGGGUCAAGAGGGCCCACCAGCCCAACAUCACCUCUUCAUCCAAAAUUACAUGUUUUGAGUCUAGACUCUCCUACAGGCAGGCAAGAAGAUGGAAGGAGUGAAUGUCAUCCGUUGCCUCUUCCGCCAGGUUCUCCUACGAGUCCUCCUACUUCUCUUUCCAACACAAGAGCAAAUGGAAUGACAGAACAGACUACCGGUAGCCUUUCCAAAUGGAAGAAAGGAAAGCUUCUAGGGCGGGGAACAUUUGGGCAUGUUUACCUGGGAUUCAAUAGUGAUAGUGGACAUAUGUGUGCAAUAAAAGAAGUCAGGGUUGUCUCUGAUGAUCAAACAUCAAAAGAGUGCCUCAAACAACUUAAUCAGGAGAUCCAUUUGCUCAGUCAGCUUUCACAUCCAAACAUUGUUCAAUACUAUGGGAGUGAUUUGGGAGAAGAAGCACUUUCUGUUUAUUUGGAAUAUGUCUCGGGUGGUUCUAUUCAUAAAUUACUUCAAGAAUAUGGGGCCUUCAAGGAGCCUGUCAUUCAAAAUUAUACCAGGCAGAUUGUGUCUGGACUUUCCUAUCUUCACGGGAGAAAUACAGUACAUAGGGACAUCAAAGGGGCUAACAUACUUGUUGAUCCUAAUGGUGAAAUCAAGCUGGCAGACUUUGGAAUGGCUAAACAUAUUAAUGCAUCUGCCUCAAUGCUUUCUUUCAAAGGGAGUCCAUACUGGAUGGCACCUGAGGUUGUAAUGAAUACAAAUGGCUAUAGUCUUCCUGUUGAUAUAUGGAGCUUGGGAUGCACAAUUCUUGAAAUGGCAACAUCAAAGCCUCCUUGGAGUCAGUAUGAAGGGGUAGCUGCAAUAUUUAAAAUUGGUAACAGCAAAGAUAUGCCUGAAAUUCCUGAUCAUCUCUCAAGUGAGGCAAAGAAUUUCAUUCAGCUAUGCUUACAAAGAGAUCCAUCAGCGCGCCCAACAGCUCAAAUGUUACUGAAUCAUCCCUUUAUACGAGAUCAGUCAGCAACGAAAGCUACAAAUGUCAGAAUAACCAACGAGGCUUUCCCCAACAUGUGUGAUGGAAGUCGGACACCGCCAGCUUUAGAGUAUUCCAGUAGAAGAAGUUUAACUUCACUGGAUGGAGAUUAUGCAACAAAGCCAAUUCCUGUAAACCCACGAGCAGCAAGGAGUCCAAGAGAUAACACGAGAAUGAUCACCUCUUUACCAGUAUCUCCCUGUUCAAGUCCAAUGCGACAGUACGGGCCAGCACACAAGAGCUGUUUACUUUCACCUCCUCACCCAACUCACGCAAUGAUGGGACAAAAUACCCUCCCGUCAUAUCCAAUGAGAUCAAAUGCUACAUUCACUCUUGAUCCUUUCCAUGAAACAUCUUUUUACAAAGCCCACACACCAGGUGGAUCCCCAAGAACAAGACGCAUUUGAGUUGCUGAUUGUAAAUACCUCUAAAAUCUUUUUGGUUUCCCCGGCAUGCAUGCCUUGUGGUCUGGCUGAACUCCAAUCCGCACUCUCAUAGUACGAACUCUAUCUAAAGGAUUUUGGUCAAUUCUUUUAUGCAUGAGAACUAAACAACGGUACAGUACAAGUGAGGUGUAGGAGCUCUUGAUGCAGGGCAGGCAUUGAAAUGGGGACACCGUGCUGCUUGUAACAAUUUAUUGAUUACUGUAAAUGCAAGGUGUUUACUGUUUGUAGUAACGCAUAUUUUGUAUAUUGUUAGUUCAUGACAGGAGAAAAAGAGCAAUUUUUCAUACAUACUCUUUCUCUUUUUUAAAUUAUGUAUUUUUAUCCGAGAAUGAUACGUGUUUAUGGUGUGGAACUCGGUUCCGGUUCCAAACCAGCCAGAAUGAUGGGCUUGAAAGUUGAAAGAGCCAGCGAGUCCUGAAUGUCCAAAAUAUAAAUUGGAAGCAAUUUUAUUAUUGCGCAUUGUACUCGGAUUAUUUCUUGCAAUCAAAUAAUUUUUCUUUA